AUGUUGAUUCCCUCUAUUGUUCUUGGAGCGUUGUCUCUGGGAGCUGCGGCAAAGGUUCAGCAUGGCUCGCCCCCGAAGUAUGAUUUCGUCGUCGUCGGCGGAGGGACCAGUGGGUUGGUUGUCGCCAACAGGCUCUCAGAAAUGAACAAUAUCACCGUGGCUGUCAUCGAGGCCGGAGAUUCCGUUCUCAACAAUUUCAAUGUCACUUAUGUCCAAGGUUAUAGCUUGGCGUUUGGCACUGAGAUAGACUGGGCGUACCAGACCGAGAACCAGACAUAUGCCGGAGGACUGCAACAGACUAUUCGAGCCGGAAAAGCUAUCGGAGGUACAAGCACGAUCAAUGGAAUGUCCUACACCCGAGCCGAAGACGUGCAAAUCGAUAACUGGGAAGUUGUCGGAAAUGUGGGUUGGAAUUGGAAGAAUCUCUUCCCAUACUAUAAAAAGUCGGAAGGGUUCGAUGUGCCCACGAAAGACCAAAUUGCGCAUGGGGCCAACUAUGACGCCGAUUACCAUGGGAAGAACGGUCCAUUGAAGGUCGGUUGGCCCACGUCAAUGACCAACAGCAGCGUGUUCCCUGUACUCAACGAGACAUUCGAGCAACUGGGCGUUCAUUACAACCACGAUUCCGAAGGAGGCAAGAUGGUUGGAUUCACGGUGCAUCCCGACACAAUCAACAGAGAAGCGAAUGUUCGCGAGGAUGCUGCCAGGGCGUACUACUGGCCGUACGAAUCCCGCUCGAACCUGAAGAUCAUUUCAAACACGCAAGCGAACAAGAUCAUCUGGGCAAACACCACCCAAGGUGAAGCAAUUGCUAUUGGAGUUGAGGUUACGGGUCCCCGUGGUGUGGAGAAGAUAUAUGCUUCCAAGGAGGUCAUCUUGUCGGCCGGAGCACUGAGGUCGCCAGCACUCCUUGAAUUGUCCGGCGUUGGGAACCCGGAUAUCCUCCAUCAGCAUGGUGUGCCUGUGAAGAUCAACCUCCCGACCGUGGGCGAGAACUUGCAGGAUCAAACGAACAAUGCUCUCACCUGGGAAAGUAAUGAUCACUUGACUGGUCUCGCAACAUUCUCCGCUUUGCCCUCGGUCAACCAGAUUUAUGGCGACAACGUCUCCGCCCUGGCAUCGUACGUUGAGACCAACCUCGCGGGCUACGCAAAGAACUUGUCAAGAGCCUCCAACGGCGUGGUGAAGGAAUCCGAUCUUCUGGAAGCUUUUAAGCUCCAGUACGAUCUCAUUUUCAAGUCACAGGUUCCAUAUGCGGAGAUUGUCUUUGCUCCUAGCGGGAACUCGUUUGCCAGUGAGUAUUGGCCGCUUCUUCCUUUCUCGAGGGGCAGUGUCCAUAUUCAAUCGGCGAACGCCUCUCAGCCCCCGGCUAUCAACCCGAACUACUUCAUGUUUGAACAAGAUGCCACCGCACAGGUCGAAGUGGCCCAAUUUAUCCGCAAGGCUUUCGGAACCGCGCCACUUAGUAAUAUCGUGGGAGAUGAAGUUUCUCCAAGUUUAGAUGCUCUCCCUGCGAACUCGUCAAGCUCGACUUGGAUGAACUGGGUUCAUGAGAAUUAUCGACCCAACUAUCACCCCGUCGGAACUGCUGGAAUGCUUCCGCGAGAGAAGGGUGGGGUGGUCAGUCCUGAGCUUAAAGUGUACGGCACCAAAAACGUCCGAGUGGUUGAUGCUUCGGUCCUGCCUUUCCAGCUUUGCGGGCACUUGACGAGCACUUUGUAUGCUGUGGCUGAAAAGGCUUCAGUUUUGAUCAAGCAGAGCCACACUGCAUAG